AUGUCUGGGAUCCUGCUGACGACCAGGAACCGCAUCCAGCGUGAAGUCCAGUGGCACCACGCACCCGCCAGUCCGUCGUGCUCGCCGCAGGUAACCGUCAUCGCCUUCGUCACCUCGAGCCCCGACCACCGCGAGCGCCGAGACAGGAUCAGGAACACUUGGGCCAACCCGGUCUACUAUCCUCGCAAAGAUCUCAGGUUUCUGUUUGUGAUAGGAGCCAUAGCCAGCACUUCUGUGCAGGCCGCCGUGGACGAGGAGAUGGCGCAGUUUAAUGACAUUAUUCAAAACAACUUCUAUGAUUCAUAUCGGAACUUGACUUACAAGACCAUCGCCUGGCUGUCGUGGGUCGUGCACCACUGCCCCGACGUCCCCUUCGCCCUCAAGGUGGACGACGACGUGGUUGUGAACCCCUUCGGUCUGCAGGAGUUAUAUGGAAAGAUCAAUCAGAUGACCAUCUCGGAAAGGAAGGAGGGAAAACCGGCUGUUGGGAAAAUAUACGGAAGAAUCAUACUGGCACCACCGCAGAGAGUCGGGCGCUGGGCACUGACGAAGAUGAACAAGGGGAAAAAGAGCGGAGCUAUGGACUUUUUAUCACGUCUAGCCUAUGAGGAGGAGUACGCUUCAAAUGCUUUCCCGCCGUAUGCCAUAGGGGCCGCUUACAUCAUUGAUAACGUAGCGCUCAGGAAGCUCUGGGAUCAUGUUUCUCUUGCUCCUUUUCUGUGGAUAGAAGACGUGUUCCUCACCGGGAUGGUGGCACGAGAAGCUGAGCUUAAACAUGAGUGGCUAAAUCACCAUUACCUGGAGAGAGAAUUAUCCGAUUCUUGGUAUAAUGGAAAUGGAAUUUUCUUGCUUGAAGCCUCGUCACGGGAUGCUCAGACGGCGUGGGAUUUCAUCAAUAAAUGA